ACUCUAAUGAUUCAGAAGCAUUAGAGUGAACGAAGGCGGCGUGGGCAGCGAGGGAGAACUAAGCGCCAGUCACCAGAGGGGCAGCGAAUAGCCACAACGGCUUUACUGGACCGAGGCCGCCGUGAACCAUCCGAAGAACCAUGGCUGAGGGCGGGUCCUCCCCAGAGAAGCGGGAUCGCCGCCCCGACCCGCCGAAGACCUACGAAGGGAUGGUGACUCGCUUCAUCAUGUCCAUCACCCACAGGCGGCCCGAUAAGCUCAAAGAGAUCCAGGCCCUGAUGAAGCCCGAGACCAGCACUCUCGACAUGUUUUCCUUCAUCUGGGGACUCCGGGAAGCACACGCCAAAUUGAAUCCUCCCAUUUUCAAGUCAAAAAAGUCUGAUAAAAAUUCCUUCAUAUACUGGCGGCUAGGACACACCCACCUCAACAGGAAGGACAAAGAUCUGGCACUGAAGUAUUUCAACCUGAGCAUCCAGCUGGCUCCUCAUCCCCUGUUUAUAGUAGAUGACAAGGUUAUUUCCAGUGACGUCAUGGACCCCUGGCAUGAGUUGUCAGGGGAGUAUGUCGGGAAGCCCGAGGGAGAGCCAGGCUCCCACAACCCUGAAGGCUGGGGCGAGUACGUGUCUCUGUCCUAUGCCUACGAGGCGCGGGCAUGCUUGUUGUUUGAGAUGGAACAGUACAAAAAAUGCAUGAGGGACAUAGACAUCAUUCUUGAGCUUAGAUGCCCACCCGCGAUAGCAGCAAAGCUGAAUGAAAUGAGAAAAACCUGCGAGGAGCAUAUAGGGAGUCCUCGCGAGGUGGCGUCACCAAUUUCGCCUGAGCCCCGCAAACGAGAUUCUAAAGAGUCUCCGUCGAAAAGCAAAUCUUCGGACCGUCCGGUAUCCUUCAAGUACAGGUGUCCUGACCCUCCUGUGCUGGUGGACACCAGCCCAAAUAUUCCAGCCUUCAGCUCCUCCGUCAAAUUGGCCUACAACAAAGAUGUCGGACGCUAUUUGGUGGCUAGCAGGAGCAUAGAUCACGGGGAGCUGCUGGCGGUGGAGGAAAGUUUCUGCACCACUGUCCGGAUGGAGAACCUCAGGACCUACUGUACGGUGUGCAUGAAACGGACUAUGGCGCCUCUGCCUUGCCCUUCCUGUUCAAUGGUCGUGUUCUGCAGCCAACGCUGUCGCAUCCAAGGUCUGGCCAACGUUCACUGGCAGGAAUGUCCCAUUCUGCCCACUCUGUUCGAGCUUAACAUGGGAAUUAAUCCGUUGCUGGCGCUAAAGUUGUUCAUGCAAACAACCCACGAGAAGCUGAGGGAAAUGACGCCGCAGCUGAUGGCGGAGGCGAGACACCGGCCACCCCAGUACCGUGGUUUUGACGAUGAUGUCUAUGAUCACACCCAUUACAGGACCGUCUACAACCUGGUGACCAAUAAGGAAAAGCGCGGCUACAAGGAUUUUCUUAGCCGAGCCAUGGAAGCGUUCUUGGCUCUGAAGCUGUUGCAGAAUGGCGGAAGAUAUUUCAGAGACGGCGAGAGGAAGGCUUUCCGCCCGAGUGAGGAGGACCUCAUCUUCACGGGCUCCCUGCUCAUGCAUCACAUGAUGAACUUUGCCUGCAACUCCGGGGGAAUAUUUGAAAUAGAGAUUGUUGGCAAAGAAGUUGAUAAAAAUCCUCUCCUCGUCUACGGCGCUGGUAUCUUCCCGGCCGUCAGUCUGAUGAGCCACGCCUGCUACGCCUCCUGCGUCGUGCUGUCCUACGGCAAGUACAGAGUGGUGAAAGCCUGCCGAGCCAUACCUGCCGGGGCCCAACUCACCUGUCAGUAUGUUGAUGUAGUAAAAGGAAACUUUAGGGAGCGUCGAGCCAGGCUGCUCCCUCAGUACUUCUUCGUGUGUCGGUGUGAGGCGUGCGAGAUGAACUGGCCCGACGGUUUGCAGUACACCUCGGCCUUCAACCUGAGGUGCGUCAGAUGCCACACGCAUGUAAACUCCUUCACACGGAAGUGUUCCCAUUGCAAUCUUUACUACAAGGGGCGUACUGCUGUGCCUAACGAGCAUCAUUUGUUCACUUAUGAGUAUAACCUGAUGAAGAAAAAAAUCGAACAAGCUCUGAAAGAUUACAAACGCGCAGAGCACAGAUUGAUCAAGAGAGGCAGCGAGUCUGAGGCUGACAUGAGGGUGGUGAGCAAUCUCAUCGAGUUGUACGAUGAGUUCGUGGAGCUUCCUUCCUACAUCCACGUGGCCGCACAGAGCACCUACAAAUCCAUGAGCUACCUGUUAGCGUCGUCGUCCCACAGCGUUGAGGACAACAGCCCGCAGUGCCAAGUUUCCUAGUUACAAAGGGAGCUUGCGUAGAUUGUUCAGUGUGCCUGUGGCUGGUGGAGUGUUCAGUAUAAGCAGGCCAUCGGGAGGUCUUAUCAUUGCUGUGUUUAACUAUUCAACAGCUUUUAAGUAUUUUUGUUGUUUUAGCGGAAAUUUUCCAUCGUGUCUAGUCCCCCAAUUUGAGUUUGUUUUAUGUGUUUUAAUACCAUUUAGUUUUCGCCUUCUGUUUGGGAAGUAUUUUAAGUUUUAUUGUUUUACCGAAGCUUUCAAAAUAAAGUUUUAGAAAAUAAUACCCUGUGGUCAUUAACUCUGGCAAUAAUAGUGUUUGGGAAAUGGGAAGCUUAAAGUCUAAAGCGUAGGAACACCAUUACAAAAAAAAAAAAAAAAGUUGGAUGCAGAUUGAUAUGAAUUAUGUUCUUUUUUUCCCUUUGUAUUUGAGGAAUCGCUGGAUAUUAGUUGGAUUUUGUUGAUCAAGAUAAAUAGAUAAAAUAUAGAUUUGAGUUGGAACUGUGCUAUUCUGAAUUUGGGUAAUAAAACACUAUGAACCACAAA